AUGGCCGGUGCCGCUGGAACCGGUGCCGCUGGAACCGGUGCCGCUGGAACCGGCUUUGGUGCGGAGUGCUUCCCGUGUGUGCUGAUGCUGUUUCUCGAGGCUGGAAGACUCCGACUCACAUCAUCGCUAAUGAAAGUUCUUGAUGGUGCUUAA